AUGUCACCAUCCUCAUUUGAUGCGAUCCAUCAUGAUCCGACAAGGACGAUGGACGCGGACAAAUUGCCUGUUCCCGAUCAUGAAAUUUCAGUAAUCGAAGCCGGUGUCGCAAAAGAGGUGUCUGAACCACAGAACCUAUUGCAACGCUGGGUCGUUUAUUUGGAGCAGAAGUUCGGUAUGGAAGCACGAGGAAUCGACCGUGUCCCAGAAGAGCUGCGUGGCACUAAAACCUCAUUGAUGGACUACUGCCAAAUGGCUUUAGUCUGGUUCUCGUCGAAUUGCACAGCAGCCUCGAUCGCGAUAGGCCUGUUAGGCCCGAAAGUAUUUGGGAUCGGCCUGAGCGAUGGCCUGGUGUUGUCAGUCUUUGCCACUAUGCUGGCGGCCCUAGCUGUUGGUUAUAUCUCCACGUUCGGGCCGGCCAGCGGAAACCGAACGAUGGUCAUAAUUCGCUAUACGAUGGGCUGGUGGCCCUCUCGCAUCUGCGUUCUUCUCAAUCUCGUCAUUAUGCUUGGGUGGGGCCUCGUAGACGUGCUCAUCACAGGACAGAUCUUGACAGCGAUAGAUGGAGGUGGAAUGACCGUGAUUGUCGGGGUUGUCGUCGCUUCUCUCGUCUCACUGCUGGUCGUUGUAUUUGGUAUUGGGGUCUUUCAUACCUUCGAACGGUAUGCAUGGGUGCCGCAGCUCAUGGUGAUGUUCAUCCUCAUCGGACUCGCCGGUCCAUUAUUCAAAACCGACGCAAUGACAACAGAAUGCGGAUCGAAUGAGUUUCUUUUUUUGGUCUUCUCUGGGUCGCUCACCUGGGCCCCGGCCGGCGCCGAUUUUUACGUCUAUUUCUCGCCAAACGCCACCCGGUGGAAGGUUUGUCUCUCAGCCACACUUGGCCUUGGAAUCUCAACUGCAUUCACCACCAUGCUAGGCGUCGGCAUCGGUACCGGAACAGCGUCGAACCCGAACUGGGCGAAUGCAUAUGACCAGAGCACUGGCGCCCUGUUAGUCGAAAUAUUCCGCCCACUUGAUCGCUUCGGCAGCUUUUGCAGCGUGAUACUGGCCCUAGGACUUAUCGCGAAUAAUGUCGCCGGAACUUAUUCGGCCGCACUCAGCUUUCAGCUCCUGGGGCGAUGGUUUGCGCAGAUCCCUCGUCUGAUCUGGACAGUCGUUGGCGUCAUGAUUUACACAGUGCUGGCCUGCGUCGGGCGUAACAGCUUCUAUGAUGUGUUUGAAAACUUCCUGGCGUUGAUGGGAUACUGGGUCGCUAUUUGGAUUACGCUUACGCUCGAGGAAGAAUUUAUCUUCCGCCGCAAGGCUGGAUAUGACUGGACAGCAUGGAAUAGUCCCAAGCUUCUGCCAAUCGGUCUCGCAGCGCUGGCUGCAUUUCUUGUCGGGUGGGCUGGCGCAAUUCUGGGAAUGAACCAGACUUAUUUUACUGGACCUAUCGGCAACCUCGUGGGAGGUGGAAUCGACUUUGGCAUCCCGCUAGGUGCGAGCUGGAGUGGAAUAGUGUUUCCAUGCCUGAGAUGGUUAGAGCUGAAGUAUGUCGGCCGUUAG